AUCGUCGCUCAGCCCCAAACUUCAAGGUUGUGUUAGUGGGACUUCGAUUCAACUCGACUGCCCUUGCCCUAUCGAGACGGUACCUAUUAGGUGUCAGGUAUUGAGGUAUCAGGGUAGCUUCCAAGAUUCGUCAUUUUAUUUUUAUCAACAUUGAAGCUUCAAGUUACUAAAUUUGCCCAAUUGAAAAGUUGUCAUUUGAGAUGCAGCUUUCAAACUUCUCUAGGACCGAUCUGUAAUAUAAGGUACAUACCUGUUUGCUUUCUCGCCUUUUUUGCUCUCGCGCCAGAGCUUUGGCAUGUCUACAUGGGGGAAGAUGCGAGGCUUCUUCUUGAGCGAUGAAGAGUUGGGCAAAAAGGAUGACGACCACAAGUCUUUUAAGAAUGGCAGUGGCUUGCGACAACCGAAUUGGAACCCAGCCAGAGUCCCUCCGCGACGGUCUCUUAAACGUAUAGCUCUCGUGCUUGUUGUAGGUUCGAUCGUCUACCUCUUCAUUAAGAAUAUCCCGGUCCUCGGUCCCAAUGCGCAAAUGCGCCGUCCUAGUUACACAUAUCCAGACCCUUCCGCGAAUAUUCCCAGCCGUCCUGCCCCCGACCGAUCUAAUGCCGCCUUUCCCAACCCUCAAAGUCACAUACCGAGCACACCCGAGCGCAUAUUCAACGGCCCUAUCAGGUUCCUUGAGCUUGCCCCAACGUUGCAAGGCAUCACUGGCACAAGGGGGAACAUGGUAAUAAAUAGAAAUGUUCUCUUCGCAUCUUCAAGCCUCAAGAGCGCCGCAACCCUCUUGCCGAUUGCUUGUCAGAUGGGAUCCGACCUAAAGAGUUACGUACACUUUGCUUUGAUGAGCCGGAGCGAUAUCGAUAUACAAGAGCUUCGGAAAGUCAAUGGCAUCGACGAUUCUUGCCAGAUCAUAUUUCACGAUGCGCGCCCGGAUUAUACUCAGGUUUCGACCGACGAUCGGAUGGAAACUGCUGUGUUUCGUGCAUUGCAUCAUAUUUUCAACUAUAUGCACCCACAGGCUAUUUUCAUAGAUGGCUCAACCGAUGAAGAAACAUUCUUUCUACGGGCUGCGCAACAACACUCCAAGGCAAAACAGAAUACUCUAAUUGAACUGCCACGUAGAUCUAUAAAGAGGCUUGAGUGGUUGGCGAAACUAGACAGUCAAGCCUUGCGCAUGUGGCACAAAAAUCACAUUGACAUACUCAUUCAUGCUAUACCAGGCGCAUCGGGAAGUUUAAUCAGACUUCUUAGAUCCCUUAGCGCAGCAGAUUAUACUUCAAGUUCCGUUCCUCAUCUCACUAUCGAACUACCGCAUGAUAUUGAUCCUCCAACUAUGCGCUUCCUCGAAACAUUCACGUGGCCACCCGCUCACGUAUAUAAUCCGACUCACGCUCGUUAUCUAUCGCUUAGACAUCGUAUACCUCAUCAGAGAAUGAGUGAGGAGGAAAGUUCAGCCAGGUUUCUUGAGUCUUUCUGGCCAGCUCAACCAGAACAUUCACAUAUACUAGUGCUCUCUCCACAAGUUGAGCUCUCACCUGAUUUCUUCCACUAUUUAAAAUAUUCCUUGUUGGAAUAUAGAUAUUCAGCUGUUUCUACCUACCAACAUUGGGAUCGUCGGCUUUUUGGUAUCAGCCUUGAGCAACCAAACAAAUUGCUGGAUGGGAAGGGUGCGUUUUCUCCACCUUCACUACUGAAGAGCACUCAUUCCGGAGAUGCAUCAGAUGGGGAGAUCUCGACUUCAUUUCUAUGGCAGGCGCCUACUAGUAACGCGGUAUUAUUCUUAGGCGAAAGAUGGAUGGAACUCCAUGACUUUGUUUCUAGGUCAUUGGAAGCUAAGCAAGGAUUAAAUCCCAUCCCCGCCCUCUUGUCCGAAAAGGUCGUGAGCACUCAAUAUCCGUCUUGGUUGGAAUAUGCUUUGAGACUGGCUCGAGCACGGGGCUAUUGGAUGUUGUAUCCUGGUGACGACACUGCUAGGAAUCUUGCAACUGUCCACAGCGAGCUAAACCAUCUGCCGGAGGAGUACGCAAGUCAUGAAAACUCGAAGCCGCUCCUUGCGGAUGAUGCGAGCGAAGAAGAAAUCGAGAAUGUUAGACAAAAGAUCCGGGUGGGUAUAGAGACACCUCUUGCUCCAGUAUCCCUCCUUGACAGCCUUCCCAACAAGGGGAAUCUCCGCUCGUUUAACGACCUACCUAUAGUAACAUGGGAUGGCCAGCCGACGGAUUUCGGAGAAUUAAAUUCACUCGCCAGAGAGUAUUCAAUAGAGUUCAAAGAGAAAGUUGGCAGUUGUAGUACGGACCUGGAAAAGAAGAAAGAAGUCGUGCCCUUGUCGACGCAAGACAUGUUCUGCGCGACGGACUAAGGCGAUAAGAAAAUACGAAGGGUCACGACGGUCCCUGAGACCUCGAAAAAUUUCGAUAUAACCCAGGAAUUACGAUCAGCAAGGCUUAUAGUUGGAGUUAUCGGAAUUAAGUGACUGGUCUUUAGUUGUGGGGUUUGGCGCACUUUGGGCAGAGAUACAACGUAUAUAUACCAGCAGAUUCAUGGAAGGAGAUCAUGUACAUAACGUCCAAAUCAGCAAAAAGAAAGAAAACAGAUUGCUGAAGUUGUGGAUAUUGUAAUUAACUCUCAUCUCGGAGUUUUUCAAUUACUAGUAGAAUCACACAGGUGCUUACGAUCGACAGU